GCCAGCCAAGCAGCUCCUGCGACUGGCAGCCCAAGAUUUCAAAUUCGCGAAGUAAUUCCACAUCAAUCAUAGAAUCAAGACCUGAUUGCGAUUUCAGACUAUACUGACGAAAAAUUGCCGCAGAUGCCCUCCGAUACGGGUUCUUCCGCCUCCGACCGUGACCUCGACCCCGAGCCUCAAUCGGUUGGAGAACAAUUGGCUUCGGUCACAUUGUCCGUCUCCGGUGGCGAACCAUCGUCCCGUCAAGAAACAAACGGCGUUGUCCUUGAGUCUGUCAAUCAGAACACUCAAUUUGUAAUGGAGGGACAAGUUCAACGCAAUUCAGUUCCUGCUGAUGAAAUUGGUGAGGCUAGGGAGUCUGCAGACCGCGACGUCGUAUGGGGGAGGACCGCUUCGGAGAUUGAGCUGGAUGGGCUGUCCAGCCCUAGCAGUAGUGGGUAUGCUGGUGAAAGGGGCAGCAGCAGUGCGACUAGCGGUUCGGUAGGAGACGACGUGGUUGAACCGGAUGAAAUUGAGGAGACGGGGAAAGAUGUUAGAGUCGAUGAAGUCUCUGAUUCCCAACCGUCCUGGGUAUCUGCAAAACGACAUGUAGAUGAGGAUGACGCUUCCAUAUCAUGGAGGAAAAGGAAGAAGCAUUUUUUCAUUCUGAGUAAUUCUGGCAAACCAAUAUAUUCGAGAUAUGGGGAUGAACACAAGCUUGCAGGAUUUUCAGCUACUUUGCAAGCAAUAAUUUCCUUUGUAGAGGACGGGGGUGACCGUGUCAAAUUGUUGAGGGCUGGAAAGCAUCAGGUUGUUUUUCUGGUGAAAGGACCAAUUUAUUUAGUUUGCAUCAGCUGCACAGAAGAACCUUAUGAGUCGUUAAAAGGGCAAUUGGAGCUUAUUUAUGAUCAGAUGUUAGUUAUAUUGACAAAGUCAGUGAACAGAUGUUUUGAGAAGAAUCCAAAGUUUGACAUGACACCACUGCUUGGAGGAACAGACAUUGUCUUCUCUUCUCUUAUACAUUCUUUCAGCUGGAAUCCAGCUACAUUUCUUCAUGCCUAUACUUGUCUUCCUCUUGCAUAUGCUACAAGGCAAGCUGCCAGCGCUAUCUUGCAAGAUAUUGCUGAUUCAGGUGUUUUGUUUGCAAUACUAAUGAGCAGGCACAAGGUAGUCAGUCUUGUUGGUGCUCAGAAAGCUUCUCUUCAUCCAGAUGAUAUGCUGCUACUUGCCAACUUUGUAAUGUCCUCAGAAUCCUUUAGGACAUCAGAAUCAUUUUCUCCAGUUUGCUUGCCAAGAUAUAAUCCUUUCGCAUUUUUGUAUGCCUAUAUCCAUUAUUUUGAUGCUGACACAUACUUGAUGUUGCUAACCACUAGUUCAGAUGCCUUUUAUCAUCUCAAGGAUUGUAGGAUUCGUAUCGAAAUGGUCCUUUUGAAAUCAAAUGUCCUUAGUGAAGUUCAGAGAUCCUUGAUAGAUGGUGGCAUGCACAUUGAGGAUCUGCUUGUUGACCCUUUAACCCGUUCUGAAUCAUCUCCUCAUCUGGGCCAGUACAAGCCUCCAACAGAGUCUCUUGAAAGGUUGAAGGAACCUUAUCUUGGUGUUGGCGGUCCUGCUGGAUUGUGGCAUUUUAUAUAUCGCAGUAUUUAUCUAGAUCAAUAUGUAUCUUCAGAGUUCUCGUCUCCAAUUAACACUCCUCGGCAGCAGAAAAGACUGUAUAGGGCGUACCAGAAACUUUUUGCAUCUAUGCAUGAUAAAGGAGGGGCCGCACAAAACUCAAUUUAG